AUGUCUCUGUCUCUGAUUUUAUUGUCCUGGUACGUAGGGCUUUGUACCACUCAGACUUCCGAUUUGAAAGCGAAUUUGGUGGCCGGGCACUCUCGGAAGACGUUUCGCCCAGGGGCGCCCGAGGACGGAUUUCCUCCUUUGUUCAGCGAUUUGCAGUUCCAGAAGCCCCUUGACAAAGGCGAAGUAGCUGAACCAUUGCAGAAGUUUACUACAGACUUCCUUUCAUCCGCCAGAGAAACUCUUGAGCACGGGGAGGAGGAAAACGUCUUCAAGAAGUUGUGGUACGAUCCCAGUUAUAAAAUCCAUGACCUAUGUGAAGAGUCGAAUUCAGGAAAGCAGACAGGUGAACUAAUAUGGGCAGAGCCCGGCGAUCGCCUCCUCAAAAUAAUCGGUAACGGUGUUGUGAAAAAUGGCUACAAUAUGUUCUUGGCGCCCGGCCAAGAACAAGGAAGACGUACAGACGUUCAUGUUGCGGUCUACAUCGAAUCCAUGUCUUCUUUUAAGGCACAGACAAUGGUAAUUUUGAUAUUUACCUUUGAGCCACAAGUAAUCCGGAUGGUCUUUGAUUUUCAUAUUUUUGAUUUCGAAGUGGACAUGUACCUGGCAAUGGGUUGGUUCGAUAGACGUCUCGCUCAUAAUUGUACACAUCCUAUCCUUGUCACCAACAAGGAUUUCGAAGUGGACAUGUACCUGGCAAUGGGUUGGUUGGACGUCACACUCAGCUGUAUGAUGGACUUGAAACUCUUCCCAAUAGAUUAUCAAGAGUGCCCCUUGACUAUUCAAAGCUUUGCUUACAUCGAAGAAAUAGUGAAUCUCAUAUGGCAUGUCGAUCCGCCGUCUUUCCCCAUUGGUUCCAAUGAAGAGAUCAAGCUAAACGACAUG